AUGUCGCAAGCCUACGAGCGCGAGCAACAGAACAACUCUCGACUGGAUGAGCUGGCCUCUAAAGUCUCGGCACUUCGAGGCGUCACAAUAGACAUCUAUGACAACGCACGCGAUCAACAUGUCAUCGACAGCACAUCCGAUACAUUCUCCUCCUUCUCCACAACCCUCAAAGGCUCCGCAACACGCCUAACGCGCAUGGCAUCGUCGGGAAACAAAGUAGCCAUCCUCAAGUUAUCAGGCAUAAUAAUAGCGACUGUGGUGGUUCUAUAUUGGAUAUGGCAUUUGGUCUUUUAA